AUGGCCAUAGACGAUCAAAUACGGGAGCCCGCCGCGGUGACCGAGUUCAUCGAGAAUGCAUUUCUCACAUACUUAAUUCCCGAAGCAACAAAUCUCGAUCUCGAGAAGGCGUUUCAAGGCGUCGACGACACAAAAGCACUCUUCGAUUCCAUCAAGAGGAGGGAAACACUAUUCUUUGAUGAGACCGUCAAUGUGCUACUCAUCCUGAGAACCCCUCUCAUGGAUGAAAAGGCACUCCGAUCACACUUCAGUCGGCUGGUCGUCUCAGUAGAGGCCCAAAUCGUCAACAGCCACGCUCCGGACCGGGAAAAGCCCUCGACGGACGUCAUCUUCCAGGGCACCGUUGAGGAUACAUCGGACCCGUUCAUCGUCGUGGACGACCCCGAAGACGAAGACCCCGCUUCGGAUUCAAAGGACAAGGACGACAACGCCGUCGCCCCUAUGGACAAGCGAAAGAAAGAACCACACAUCUACGCCGUAUGGAAGCUUCCCGUCUUCCUCGCUCGGCCACGCAUCCGCCUGCAAGGCCCCUUUGCAACCUUCACAGCCUCUGCCGGCCUCAGACCGGCCUCGGCGGCGGGCUCUGGUUCGGGCACCCCUCUCUCCCCCAACUUCCGCACGAACGGCGGCGGCGCGGGCUACCUCCAGUCCGGCACGCCCUCGGGCCUGAACCUCCUCGAACCCUUCACCAACGACCCGGGCCUGGGCGGCGUGGUUCCACGUCUCUCCGCCCUCCGCGUCUCCCGCGUUGCUCCCGUAACCCAAGCCAAAGACACGUCCCGUCCUCUGCGGUGCCUCUCCCAGCUUCGGACCCGCAUCUUCCCUGCCGUGCACACCCGCGUCCGCUUCUCCCGCCCAAACACCAUGCCCACGUCGCCGGCCCUCAUCGCCCUCUUGGAGGUGGACUUCACCCCGUACUUCGAUUGCCCCAUCGAACUCACCAGCAUAGCUCUCUCCGUUGCCGACGGCGGCGUCGUCGACGACCUCAGCUCCCCGGCCGGCUUGACGCUGCCCAUGGCCUGCGUUUCUCACGACCACGUCACGUUUCUUUAUCGCCUGUCGCCGCAGCAGCUAGACCUCCCCUCCAAGAACCCCAACCGCGAUCUCGACAUCCACAUCGAAGCCGUAGUGCAGAAGAACCCCGGCAUCUGCUGCCCACGCUUGAGCAUGACCUGGACCACCACUCUCGACUUCACUCUCCCCGUCAACCCGGGCUUCAACGCAGCAAUGCAACCCAUGCAACCCAUCCAGCGCUCCCACCGCCCCUCCCAGCUCUCCAUAUCCGGUAUUGAGGCAGCCCAGUCGCUCGUAGCCCCGGCAAUAAUGCGCCCGGAUUCCCUCCCCGCGUUGGAGGCCGCCACGCGCACAGUCGAGGCGCCCCUGCCAGAACUGGGCAUCACCAUGACCUUCUGCGGUCCCACGGAACCCAUCUACGCGGGAGAGGUGUUCUCCUGGACAGUCUACGUUGUGAACCGCAGUGUCGAGAAGGCCAACCCCGCCGUGACGCCGCGCAAGCUCGCCCUCGUGGCGCUCUCGAAACGUAGACGCAACGAGGUUCGACUCAUGCGCCCUCCCUCGACGAGCGGGAAAGGCAAGACGGCUGGGGACGCAAAAGAGCUCGCGGAUGCGGUGCUGGACGAGAAUAUUCUGCAUGCCAUGCAGCGCAACUCGGUGGUCGACUCUACCGAGGUGGUUUGCCUAACUGCCGACACGAGAGUCGGACCGCUUGCGCCUGGUGCGUGUCACGUCGUAGAACUCAAGUUCCUACCACUGAAGGAGGGCAUCGUCAAUAUUGAGGCCGUCAGAGUAAUCGACCUCAGCUCGCAGGAGCACGUGGACGUCAGGGAACUUCCCAUCGUGUUUGUAGAAAAGCGACCGGAGCCAGAGGCAGCGGCAGAGGAGGAAAAGACGGAUGAGUGA